ACCGGAUUCACUAAAGGAGAAUGGAGGCGGAGCAUACCCAUCUGGGGGACCAAGAGAUGGGGUGUCAUAAUGAUAGAACUCAGGUGCCAAAUGAUAAUUAUCUGGAAGAUGAACGUGUAAAGGAAAUGGUGAGGGCAUGCUACGAGGAUGGUAUCCUUCCUGCAAACAUAGAUGGAGGUACUAUGGAGGUGAAUGGCAGGGAAGUUACAUUCGUGUUGAAUAGCACAAUCGAUGAGUUGAAGGUGGAAUGGUUGAAAGCCAGAACAGUGACGGUGAUAUUUCGAGACGGGGCAAGGUUCCUCCCGAGAAGAGUGAAAGAGGAUGUUAUUCGCGCCUAUGAGGACGGAUGGAUAAGAGACGAUGCUUUCGGUGCUGACUUCAAGCGCGAGAGAAUCAAGGUUGAGUCUCCGAAUGUGGCCUCAUAUAUCCCAAGGGCGCAGGUAGUCACUGACUGGAUGCUGUUGAAGAAGUCGGACUUUAUUGACCUGGCAGGUACGAUGUAUCACACAAAGUUUAAACCGUGGAUGACUAGGGCGGAGGUGAGAGACUGGAGGAAGACGAUCGAUGAGAACAUCUUUUGGGUUGUAGCGGUUGGCGUCCCCCUGGAUGAGAUGGUCUUCCUUAGAGACUACGUCGAAAGGGCGAUUGGUAGGAUCGUCAAAGCUCAUCUUCCGGAAGCUGACGAGAUGGAUCCCAAGUUGGUUAACCUUCGGUUUGACAUCGAUCCGAGUCGAAAGGAGCAUAUGAAGGACAAGAUUUGGGUGAAAACUUGCCAAGGUGAUUUGAUGGAAGUGGACUUGGAAAAAAGCGAGUUCUUCUUGUCGGAGAUCUCAUUUUUGGGGUACAUCGUCACGGUCGAUGGACUAAAACCGGAUCCGAGGAAGGUGGCAGCAGUUCAAGACGCCCCGGCGCCGGUUACACUCACCCAGGUUCGGGGUUUUGUAGGGCUGGCAUCCUAUUACCGACGCUUCAUCAAGAGGUUCGCCGGUAUAGCGAAGCCCUUCACGAACCUGCUGAAGAAAGAGGAACAACUGAUCCGGAUGCCGGAAUGCGAAGCGGCGUUUCAGGCGUUGAAGCGGGCUCUGACAUCUGCUCCUGUGUUGGCGCAUCCCGACCCGACAAGACCGUUCGCACUGCACACCGACUGGCAGCCUCAAGCGAUAUCGGCGAUGUUGACUCAGCACGGGGCGAACGGAAGGGAACACGUCAUUGAGUAUGCGUCUAAGACGCUGAGCCCGGCGCAGGCUAAUUACGAAGCGUGCAAAGGCGAAUGCCUGGCGGUGGUGUGGGGGAUCCAACAUUUCCGACCGUAUCUUUACGACCAGAAAUUCAUGCUGAGAGUCACGGAGCGGGCGCAGGAGUAUCGCUGGCAGGGACCGACGUUACAAAAACAAAAGGUCGAUGAUGACGGAGGGUCUAGCUGGUUGACGGUUCUACACCCUCUCGCUAAGUUCGAUUGGACAGGAGCCGCUCAUGAAGAGGAUGCGGUCCAUUUCGCGGUCAAGUACACGGAAAAAGCCAUCGAAAAGAACGGAUGGUACUGGUCGAGAAUUCGGGAAGAUGUGAAAUACACCGUCCAGAAUUAUCCGGCCUGCGCGGCGGACAAGGCGCCGGUACAGAUGCCUCGGACGAUGGUGCCCACUCGUGUAGAGCGCCCCUUUCAGAGGGUUAGCAUCGACACGACGGAUAUCAACGUUCCGAGAGGUCCCGUCGAUCAGGGAGAGCUCAAUGUUCUUUUAGUGGCCGUCGAUCAUUUUUCGAAAUGGAUCGAGGCGUACCCCAUGAGCAGCCGGAAUUCGCAGGAGGUAGCCUUGUACGUAAAUCGAUUUUUGUGCAUGCAUCUAGACGUAGAAGAGGUACACAUGGACAAUGGGUCGGAAUUUCAAGGCGAACCUUAAGAUUAUCUACUCGCCGGGGCAUUGGCCCCAAGC